GCGGGGCGAGGGAGGAGGAGCGGCGGCCGCCGGAGGAUGGGAGCGAGCGGCGGAGCCGCGGAGCGGUGCGGGGGCAAGGCCGGGAGCGCGGCGGCGGGCGCCGCGGCAUCGCCCGCGUAGGGCGGCGCGGGAGCCGGGCGGCGCCGCGGCCAUGGAGAGGGCGAGCCCGGCGGCGGGCAAGCUGAACGCCGGCGGCCGCGGGGCGGGCGAUGGGCACGGCCCCGCCGGCGGUGCCCAGCCGCGGGCGGCGGCGGCGGGCAGCGCCGAGCCGGGCGAGCUCAUCGGACGGGCGCUGGAUUUCAAGAGCGAAGGGGCGCAGUGCUACAAGGACAAGAAAUUCCGGGAGGCCAUCGGCAAGUACCACCGCGCCUUGCUGGAGCUGAAGGCGCUGCUGCUGCUGCUGAGCCAGGAGCCGGCCGGGCAGCGCCCUCCCGCCGCCGCCGCCGCGGCGGGGCUGAGCGAGGAGCAGCGGCAGGCGGUGGAGGCCAUCGAGGUCGACUGCUACAACAGCCUGGCAGAUAUGAACAGAUUUUUUCCUAAAUUUAACCAGUAUGAACACAGGAGGAGAGAGAAACAAGUCCUAGUCAUUCCAAAGCAGCAAAAUGCUAAGGCCUGUCUGCUCCAGGCCGAGCUGGUGAAUUACGAGCGGGUCAAGGAGUACUGCCUCAAAGUGCUGCAGAAGGAAGGCGAGAACUUCAAGGCGCUCUAUCGAUCGGGAGUGGCAUUUUACCACCUGGGUGACUUCAACAAGGCCCUCUACUACCUGAAAGAGGCAAGAUCCCGCCAGCCGACAGAUACCAAUGUCAUACGAUACAUCCAGCUGACAGAGAUGAAGCUCAGCAGAUGUUCCCAGAGGGAGAAGGAAACCUUGUGAAAAUGAAGCCACUUCAGCUGAAGUGCCAAGGGGGAACAUUUCCUUCCUAGAAGCUCAUUUGGUGGAUUUUCCUGUUUGCUCUGCCUCAUCCUCAUCUCAUCCAUCCACUCUCCCUUGCUCUUCAUUGAAUACCAGUUUUGAAAUGAAAGAGACUUGGACGCUGGAUAUGGCUGCUUGCCAACCAUGGUAAUACCCCUUCCCCGUGGCAAAAGAGCACAACAACUACAGCCAGCCUUGUUCCCAGACAGUGUCACACACCUGGAGUAGGCAAUGCUGAGGGACCUGUCUGGUCCUGAACUGCCUGCCUUUUACCUAUAAAGGAAGCAACCCCUAGAACAACAACUUCCUGACCAGGCAAGUUGGAGCCAGAGGGUUUCUGCUCUGAGUGAUCACUGGAGCUUGGAAGAGCUAAGAAACCAAGAGAGCCACUGGUCAUUCCACAGGGGACAGCAAAUGCCUUUUUACCAUCAGUUCCCUCUGCCUGCUUCUCCAGUGUGUGUUAUUGGUCUCCAGUGAGAGCUCACAUGCUCCCAGUCUAAUGUCAGUGAAAACUGUUUCUAAACAUCCUCUUGAUGAAAGCACAGAGCACCCUAUGAACCCCCUGCAGAGCUGUCCCAGUGCCAGAAGAGAAGGCUGUGGGCCACCACAGAGUGCUGAAUGGACUGUGAAAGCAUGGUGUACAGUGUGAGGGAAAAACUGUGAAAUAAUUCAUUAAAGGCAAAUAAAAAUUAUUCAUAGGCAACAAGUCCGGGCAUUGCUUUUCAAAGGAGCCUCUUUGGUUCCCUGUGUCCAGACAGACAUUAGCUAGGGAGGGGGCAGCAUGGGGUGGGAAACAAGGGAUGUCUCCAUUCUUACCUUGGCUCUACCAAUGCCUUUCUGUGUGAUCUUGGGCAAGUCACUUUUAGCCUCUUGGUGCCUCGGUUUCCCUAUCUGUACACUAGGGAUAAUACUACUUCCCUACCUCGCAGGGGUGUUGUGAGGAUGUAUCAGUUAAUGUUUGUAAGUAACAGUACAGUGAUGUACAGUGCUAAGUAUUAUUAGUACAUUGGAUUGAGGUCUUGAUUCUCCCA